AUGUCUCCACUCCAUGACAACAAAAAAUAUCGUUCAUCUAUACAUUCAAGAUCCUCGUACUUUUCUUCUUCUGAUGAUUCUGAGUCUAAUAUCAACUUCACUCCGCAAGCCCUCGGUCAAGAAGUAUCAAAACACGAAUCAAUUCAACAAAACCCUUUGACUCAUAAAAUUUCGAAUAUUUCCCUAAAAACUGCAAAUAGUAAUCUCAGAGUAGGUGGUUCCCUCUCAAUGGGCUUGAAGCACAGUUUAUCUAGAAAUUCUUCGGCUCAUCCUCCUAUUAAUCCACAUAAUAGCGAAGAAACUAUCGGUGUCUCUGGCGAAAUCUUGGAAGACUAUUUUGAAAUAGAUCAUCAAAAAACAAGACAAACCAUCAUUUCCGUACUUUCAAAAAGAGCUGAACAAGAAGUGGAAAAACUCGAGCAUAAUGAAUUGGUCUAUUCCACAUCGAAACUGACAAAUAAUAAAUACUCCGUCCAAGAUCUCGAGCUGGGUAGUCAACCAGAUGAUGAUGUUGAUGAUGAAAAAUCCAGCGGUAUCGGAAAAAUUAACAACGCUAAAAACCUGGAAAACCAACAAUUACCAAACGCCGCUGAUGGUUCUGAAUUUGCUUCCUUAGAUCCAGAAUUGGUUACUUGGAUUACCCAAUCAGAUCCUGAAUUCCCUCGUAUUUGGAGUCGAGGAAAAAAACUUGCGACAUUGGCGAUCGUAGGUCUUUAUACUUUCUCUAGUCAGUGUGUUAACAUGGCCCCAAUCAUGGGUGGGCUCAGUAGUGGUUUAAUUGUUGAAUAUAUCAGUUGGCGUUGGAUAUUUUGGGUUCUUGCCAUCGUUGACGUUGUUGCCGUCACUAUUGGAUUAUUAUUUUUCCCCGAAACAUAUUGUCCAGUCUUGUUGAAUUGGAAAUGUGAAAAACUCAGAAAGCAAACAGGAAACUCUAAAUUGAAAACUAUUUACCACAUUGCUGAUGUCAAUGAAGCUGCAACGCUGAAAAUCAUUGACAAUAUUAAACGUCCACUUAUGCUGCUCAUUCAUCAUCCAAUGAUUUAUGGUCUUGGGAUUUUCAUGGCCUUCCUUUUUGGAUACUUUUAUCUUAUUCUUAUCUCUUUUCCUAGUGCCUGGAGAGGUCAUUAUGGAUAUUCUUACCAGACUACCGCCCUUAUGUACUUGUCAGUUGGUGCCGGUUACUUAGUGUUCAAUCCAAUCUGGGUGGUUGUGAAUGACUAUGAAUACCGCAAGUUAACACUCGCAAAUAAUGGCAAGGCCAAAUCAGAAUUCCGAAUAAAAUCUUUGUACUUGUGUGGGAUUUUUUGUCCAAUUGGUUUGCUUAUUUACGGUUGGUGUGUCCAGUACCGUACCUUCUGGCUCUGUCCGUGUAUUGGAGUGUUCUUAUACACUGGUUUCUAUACUGGGAUGCUCUCAUUCUUGACAAAUUAUGUGGUCGAUAUGAGCCCAAGAUACUCUGCUUCUAGUAAUGCCGCAUUGUCAUUAUUCAGAUCAAUUUUUGGUUUCGUUUUUCCGAUUUUUGCUCCAAAGAUGUAUAAUAAUAUUGGGUACGGUUGGGGUAACACAAUAUUCUUUUUCACCGGGGUCAUUCUUGGUAUUCCGUUUCCAUUCUAUGUUUACAAUAUGGGGAGAAGUUGA